AUGGAUAGUGCAAAUAAUGUUGGGAAUGGAUAUGACUCUCCUAUAUCAUUCAACUUUUCAAAUAACAAUUUAGGUGCUCGCGGUAGACAAAGACCCUCAACUGCGCUGCAACCCAGCGGGGUGAGAAGGGCCUCAACAUCAAGCUUGCUACGUUUAAGGAAGUCAGAAUCUAGGCAAGAAGAAGAUUCAACUCAAGAUACUGACAAAUGCCGGUCUGAAUCACUUUGUAGAAUCAGUAAUUGUGCCUCUAAUGGGCAUGAAAAAAGGUUUAUUGAUGUUUUACCGUCCUUCGAAAUGUAUAACGCAUUGCACAGGCAUAUACCACAAGGUAACGUAAAUGCUGAUUGCCAUUAUUUCCCUCCAUGCUAUCAAGAAGUUCAAUCUCAAAGAGAUUCUAUGCUGACUUCGGGUGAAAAUCCAGAAUGCAGCUCCUUGGAUUUUCGUCAGCCAAACGCUUUGCUGCCUGCUUCAGCAGUCUGUCUAAACAAUUUGCAUCCGCUCUCGACUCAACAUUUUAACAUUGUGGACACGGGUUCGAGAGCGUCAGCUGAAGACCGUAUUCCGAUAGAAGAUGAUUUCAACGAUGCAGAUAAUAUCAACAUAGAUAAGUUGUACACUUUACCGAAACUUGCAACUCCAAUAGAUGUGGACAUUAGAGUGACUAAAAGCGCUUCACAACCUCAUAAGAAACCAGAGGAUGAAUCCAUUUUGAAAGAAUAUACUUCAGGCGAUAUAAUUCAUGGCUAUUGCGUUGUAGAAAAUAAGUCCCCAAAGAACUUAAAGUUCGAAAUGUUCUACGUUACGCUUGAGGGCUACAUAUCAAUUAUUGAUCGCGAAAAGGGGAAACGAACUGUCAAGAGGUUUUUACGAAUGGUUGAUUUGAGCGCCAGUUGGUCAUACUCUCACAUAGACGUCAGUUCAGGUAUCGAAGUCAUACCUGGUGAUGUGGAUUAUGAUAAUGCCAUCAUUGGUCUAAAUAAUAAUCGAAUAUUGGAGCCAGGGGUCAAGUACAAGAAAUACUUCAUGUUCAAAUUACCAAACCAACUACUAGAUGUUACGUGUAAGCAGGAGCAAUUUUCGCAUUUAAUGUUACCACCCAGUUUUGGUAUUGAUAAGUAUAGAAAUGGGUGUAAAUAUGCUGGAAUUAAAGUCAAUAACAUCCUUGGUUGCGGCCAUCUUGGCAUAAAGGGCACCCCUAUUUUAACCUCAGAUUUAUCCGAUGACGUUUUAUCCAUAAACUAUACCAUCGAUGCUAGAUUUGUGGGCAAAGAUAAGAAAACACAAAGAUUGAAUAUCAUGAGGGAGCACGUUUACAAUUUGAGAGUAAUUUCAUUCGGGUUUUACUGCCCUGUCAUCGGCGAAAGAGCUUGUACUCAGCAGAUAACAGAUUUAAUGAAACUGGUAAAAGAGAAACUCAAUGCUCUAAAGCUGAUCUUCGAACGAUUGGAAAAGAAAGAACAAAUAAAAGAGACAGACAUCCAUAAUACAGAUUUGAGUGGCACUAUAGAUGGCAAUACAGAGCUUGACGCGGCAGAGAUAUUGCGUCUUAAGAUGCAUCAAUUGCAUCUUCAAAAUAGGGUUGGUGCUCAAUCCGACGUUUUGCAUAGGAUGAGAAACUCAAAGGACAAAAUAAACGAACCUGAAUGUAUCGAAAAGGAACUCAGCUACAAGUUGAAACCAAAGAGCAACUCGAAUUUAAAAACUGGUCUAUUUAAUGGAUUUCGAAGUUCGAAUUUCACUUCACAAAAACCUGAAAACGCUCUUGCAAGGUCCAAUAAAGCUGGAUUAAUAGUGCUUACAGCAGAUAUUCCGAAGGCGGCUUUUUUGCCUUACCGAUCUCCCUCUUUAUUGAGGAAAAAGAACAAACUAGAUGCCAAAAAUGAACACGAUCAAAAAAACUGGUUGCGGCUGGUAAGUGCUGUUCCUCAGGACUGUAGAACGGUAUUGAAGGAAUUAGAAAUACGCCUGAAAUGUACUCAGUCCAACAAUAGCCUUCCUCAUAACCCUCCAGAAAUACAAUCAUUGACUACUGAGUUAGUAUGUAUCACAGGACGAUCAGAUAACUCUAUUCCUGUGAAAUUAGAUGGAUUAACGCUUAUGAACGAAAGCAAAAUGAAUGAUAUUAAGCAAAAAUUCAGCAGUUAUUUAUCGGAAAUUAAAUCAUAUUCUCAACAGUUUGAAGAGCGCAUUGAAGAACUGAACGGAAUCUAUUGCCAGAGUGGAAUUUCUACUGUUCCCCACGAAAUGAAAUUUACAGAUUUUAUAUCGCCACAAAUGUUGAAUGACAUUGAAAGUAUAGUUAACUUUCAAACAAAAAUUGAAAUCCUCACUAAUUUUUUCAAAAAGCAAUUGGAAACUCUAAAAGAUGUCUCUCAGGACAAAAUUUCUUCCAGUUCCUCAAGUUCUUCAUUGAACAAAAGUAGCUCAAGUGGGUUUUUGAGUACGACAUUCAGUGGGUCUUUGACAGAUACCUCAAAACUAGCAAAGUUUACAGAACAACUAACGCAUGAAUGGGUUAAAACAAGCCCUCUCACGUACACGAGGACAGUUAAGGUCAACUUAGAAAAUAAUCUAAACAACAGAGAUACAAUAAUACCAACUUUUGAAAGUUGCCUAUGUUGUCGUUUUUACUUUGUCCGAGUCAAUAUUAAAUUUGGCAAGCAUAUUGGUGCAACAAGUAUAGAUAUACCGGUGAGUGUUAAAAAUCUCAGUUGCGAUUGA